CAACCAUCGCAAUAUCUGGCUCAUCAAAAUAAAUAACCCUGAUCGACUCGUUGAGAAGAACUACAUAUAAUAUACAGACUAUUUGUGCCAACAUCAGUGUCUUAGUUGAACGUGACUUGAGUCAUUCAACAUACAAUUUCACACCCGCAUCAUUACUAUGUAUGCUACAGUGUAAGAACGUACAUGAAGAAAUUGAAUAAGGAUUAUACUGAUGGAGAGUGAUGAAACUGGUCCAACUAGAAGGGUUGCUCGUUCAAGGAAAAGGAGUGCUUCAUCUCUUCUAGACUCCAGUGGUAUUGUUAGCAGUGCCAAGAAGCAUCACGAGAAAACCACGACACAAACAAUGCACGCAGAGGCACAUGACUCCUUCAGUAUUGAAGAAGACUGGUUCAUUAACUCAUUCUGUAGUGACAAUCACUCCUCUUAUCCACAAAAGAGUCAUUCAAAUAUACCAGGGAAGAAAGGAGCACUGGUAAGAAAGUCAGAGAAAUCUGACUUACCAAGUGUUCAUGCAGCAUCAAAAACAUCAGAUGCAGUUGAAUCUGUGACAUGUGGAAUUGACAAUGUCGUAGUUAAGGCAACAAGCAAACAAAACAGAGGUUUUCCAGUUGAUGGAGGAACCUCCAAAGUCUGGCCAGCUGUGAGUGAUGGGAAAGGAGAUGCGGAACAGGGAGGAGCCAAACAUCUGUCCUUGAAGGACAGACUGAAGCAGAAGAUGAAGCGCAACUCCAUGGCUCCGUCUGGAGUCAAUCAUGCCGUGGAUCUGCUCCGUGAGACGGUGUUGGAGCAGGCUCAGAUGGAGGCGCUAGCGAUACAGAAGCAGGGCACGGAUGUGGAUAUAGGGCCGUUCUAUGGCCUUCCAUCCAAGGUGCAGAAGUUGUUGGAGACUCACAGGGGAAUCACAAAGUUCUAUGAAUGGCAGGAUGAAUGUCUCCGACUCCCAGCUGUGCUGCAGGGCAGGAACCUGAUCUACUCCCUCCCCACCAGCGGAGGCAAGACUUUAGUUGCCGAGAUCCUCAUCCUUCGUGAGCUGCUUUGUAAGAAGAAAGAUGCCAUCCUCAUCCUGCCUUAUGUCUCCAUCGUACAGGAAAAGGUACGGAACCUGUGUCAGUUUGCCCUGGAGUUAGACUUCCUUGUUGAGGAGUAUGCCGGCAGCAAGGGUAGGUUCCCUCCCAUCAAGCGGCGCCGCAAGCGGACCCUCUACAUAGCAACAUUAGAGAAGGCCCACUCCUUGGUGAACAGCAUGAUAGAGACUCACUACCUAGACUCUCUAGGCCUUGUGGUUGUGGACGAGCUGCACAUGAUAGGAGAGGGAGGGAGCCGAGGGGCCAUACUGGAGGCGGCCUUACUCAAGUUGCUGCACUGUGGGGGGACACAGAUUAUUGGCAUGAGUGCAACUCUGAACAACAUCGGAGACAUUCAGACAUUUCUGCAGGCAGAGGUGUACUCCAACAACUUUCGCCCAGUGAAGCUGACAGAAUAUGUGAAGGUGGAGGAUAGCGUGUUUAUGGUGGACAGUGGUCAGGUGGCCCUGAGGGGGCAGGACAUCCUCAAGCAUGACCGGGUCACCAUGUUCCCAUACAAUGAUGACUUAAAGAAGCAGGACCCUGACCAUCUCCUGGGUUUGGUGAUGGAGGUGAUUCCCAAUAACUCCUGCCUCGUAUUUUGCCCCACCAAGAAGAACUGUGAGAAUGUGGCCAUGAUGUUGUCUAAGCUGAUGAUCAAACAUCACAGACACCUGACCACAGUAAAACGCACAGAGAGGAAGCAACUGCUCCGUGAGCUGUAUCGUGACGGCAAUGGUCAGAUCUGCCCCGUCCUGGAGUACACCGUCCAUCUGGGUAUUGCCUACCACCACAGUGGCUUGACCAUGGAUGAGCGGAGACUUGUGGAAGAUGCCUACUCCGAGGGGACUCUGUGUCUCCUCACCUGCACCUCCACCCUGGCUGCCGGCGUCAACCUCCCCGCCAAGAGAGUGAUCCUGCGAAGUCCGUAUGUGGGUAGUGGUUUCAUCAACCACAGUCAGUACAAACAGAUGACUGGGCGGGCAGGGCGGGCUGGUAUUGAUGACUCGGGGGAGAGUAUGCUCAUCACAAAGAAGGCUGACGCUCCCAAGGUGCGUGAACUGCUGACCACGACUCAGGAACCCUGCCACAGCAGCCUGAUGUACGAUGAAGGGAAGGGCAUCCGCAGUCUGCUACUCUCCUCCAUUGGACUCAAGAUUUUGAAAUCAACUGAUGAGAUUCUGAGGUUCAUGAAGCAGACCUUACUGUCGGUGCAAGCAGCUGACCUGGGCUGUGAUCUGGAAGCUGUCACCAGAGCCUCUCUCAACCAGCUGCUGAAGCUGAAGCUGGUACAGCAGGCCAGGAGUACACCUAACUCGUCUCAGAAUGGCUCUCAGAAAUGCAAUCUGUCCAAUCAGGUUGAAGGCCUUGACAAGUCGAAAAUAUUCUCUCAAACUAGCCCUGGAUCGCAGCAGGCCAAGAACAGGUCAGGGGCAGGAUCGGACAAAUCUGUAGCUGCUUCUAACAGUACUGGUCAUGACAACCAUGUUGCCAUGGGAACAGUUGCCAAGGAGGAUGGAACUACUUUAGAUGAAGAUAUGUCGAACAGUCCAAAUGUCCAUCUAGAAGUCACUGCCCUUGGUAGGGCAACAUUUAAAGGGUCCAUUGACACUGACAACAGCCGGCUUCUGUAUGACGACCUGAAGAGGGCCGAGGAGUCCUUGGUCCUUGCCUCCUACCUCCAUCUCCUGUACCUCGUCACGCCCUAUGACAUGGCACGUGACCUACACAUACCAUGGAUGGUCUACUUUGAACAGAUGAACACCCUGAAUGCUAUGGAGAUGCGUGUGGCUUCCCUCAUCGGCGUCCCUGAAAGCUACGUCGCCAAGAAAGCCUCGGGGCAGAGUUGUAGACAGAAGGUGAAUGAGUUUGUCAUCAGCCGCUUCUACCUGACUCUGAUGCUGAACGAGCUGUGGCAGCAGAAGACAGUGUGGCAGGUCGCCCGCUUCCAGGUCAACCGGGGCUUCGUCCAGAACCUCCUCUCCUCUGCGGCCAGCUUCGCUUCCUGUGUUUUCCAUUUCUGCCAGGAGCUGGAUGAGUUCUGGGCCUUCCAGGACCUACUAGGCAACUUUGUGAAGCGUCUGUCCUACUGUGUGUCCAUGGAGCUGAUCGCACUGCUGGAGAUUCCUGGAGUCAAACUGGGUCGAGCUCGCCAGCUAUACCACAGUGGACUACGGACACUGCAGGAUGUUGCUGCCGCCGACCCAGAACAGCUGGUCAAGAACAUUGAGCACAUGCCAAGGAAAGCAGCCAGGCAGAUUGUGGCCUCAGCCAAGGUGAUGCUAAAUGAGAAAGCAGAGACCCUAUGGGUGGAGGUUGAAAGUCUUGUUGCCUUACCCAUGGUUCAGUUAGGGACUUCAUCAGGCACUAGUCACUAGUCAGUGAGGAGUAUGAUGUCACCUGUGGCAUAUGUCCAGCUGUCUACAUGCUGCAAGUCUGUGCAGGACAGAUGGAUGGAACUAUCCUGUCUCAUGCAAUGCACUGACCAAGUUGUUGAGCAGCCUGAUUAGCCUAAUGUAAUCAGAGUAACUUAAUGCUUGAGGAACCUGUGCUAGCAUAGUCUGUGUCACCAUCUUGUUACUACCCUUUGCCACUGCAGGAUCCAAUUGUCAUGGUUUAAUGUCUCACAUUUCCCUGUUGUGAUCUUAGCGCAGUUAGCACCGUACCUGUACUCAUGGGUUUCAGCAAAGUGGUGUAAUGUCAAGGUCUUGUAACCCAUGAAUAUCCGGGUUAAAACUGGUCUUCAGCAACCCAUACUUGUCGUAAGAGGCGACAAACGGUAUAGGUUGUUGAUGAUCGCCGCUGUAUAACUGGAAUAUUGCUGAGUGUGGCUUUAAACUACAUGAAACAAACAAGGCCUUGUAGGACUUUCGGAUUAUGCUUCCUGAACAAUCUCACACACCGUGGUUGAAAUACCGCUGAGGGCAGUGUUACACUAUAUCACUCACCGACGGGACCUCUGUUUAGGAAUGCUCAUGGUAGUACUAGUAUUGUGUGUCAUAAAAAUUGGACUUGCUUCUGUUGGUGCAAAUCAUAUAUGAUUUAUGCAUUAACUGAAAUUAUCUACACUGGUUCAUGUAUGAUUAAAUUAUUUAUUAACAAGUUGAUUUGAUGAUGGUUUAUUGUCUGAUCAUUUUGUAAAUGCCUCUUCCCCGGUUUCCCAUACUCACUCUGAUAGCUUUCACCCAAUGGGAAGUCUGAGAAGAGUAUGAUCCCAAGCAGCCUAUUCUGGUUGUAUGAGCUGGAGAGUCAUGAUGAUCCAGGUUAGGAUGGUCUCGAGCAACCCUUGCUUGUUGUAAGAGGCGACUAACAGGAUCAUGUGGUCAGGCCUGCCGACAUGGUGGAUGCAUGUCAUCAUAUACCAUUAGUGCUGAUCAAUGCUCAUAUCCACCACUGGAUUGUCUGGUCCAGACUUGAUGAUUUAUAGAUUAUUUAUAUAGCUGGAAUAAUGCUGAAUACAACAUUUAAAAGCAAACAAUGUAGCAUUACUUUGUUGAUUGUAUGACAUUGUUCACUGCAUGAAUCGUAUCAGACUCGAUUAUGGACAACUUGCCAUGAUAUAGCUCUCAUAGCUGGCAUGUAGUUAACACUGUAGUUAACUGUGAUAGUUACAGUUAACAGUAGGAUCUGUGGGGACAGCAAUGGUAAUGGUACAUCAAUCUUCAUAAAGAUCAGGGUACAUUUGAAAUUUCAGUGAAACGUUCCUGUAUACAGGGAUGAGAAUUGUCCGUGGAAUUCCGGAAAUUUCAUAAGGCCAAGGGUAAUUUUUGUGAAUCAUCUAAAUCCGUUGCCCCCAGACCCCCGGCUAGUUUUUUCUCAAAACUUUAUUCUCAUCCCUGUGUAUAAUGUAUAGUGUACUGAAUCUGAAAUAUGUUUCAUUAAUAACAUAUAUUUAUUUCAUUAAAGAAAUACAUUAUUG